AUGGGUAGAGCAAAAUUAAACAUGAAGUUUAUCGAGGAUGUGAAAUCAAGGAACAACAUGUUCAAGAGGAGGAAGGAGGGUUUACUGAAGAAGAUGAAAGAACUCACCAUUCUCUGCAACGUCAGUGGCUGCGCUGUAAUCUACGGUCCAGAUCGGCCGGAGCCGGAGAUUUGGCCACGUGGCGAUUCCGAGGAGAUCCGGCGGUUGGUCGGAAAGUACAAGGCGGCGAUGGAGAGCAACAGCCAGCAAUACACUUGUAGGAAGACAACGUUUGGGCUGACAGAUUUCUUCCAGACAAAAAUGGAGGAAGGAGAAGAACUCGCGACUGUAAGGAAGAAGUACCCGACUUGGAGUGAUUCCUUCAACGGGCUGUCGGAAGGAGAGCUGAGAGGAAUGACGGAUGCUUUGGAGGAGAAGAUUCGGUGUGUGAAAUUGAGGAAGCUUCAAUUGAUGAUGAGCAAUGGCGGAUUUGGAUUUGAUUUUGAUCUUGAUUUUGAUGAUAAUCGUGAGAUCAAGGAAGAUGGAAUUGGGAAUCCGCCAUUGUUGCAGGGCCAAGUUCCUUACAGCUAUGGAGGGUUUGGACUUGAAGGGAUGGUCAACUGCCCCGCCAUUGAUGGGAACCUUCAAGAACAUAAAGAAUUAUUACAAUAUGGGAGAAAGCAUAAUUGGCUGUCGGCGUCUUCUUCUGCAAUCAAUAAUCGAAAUCCGAUGAUCUUGGAAAACCCUAAUCAGCCAUUGUCGGGUUCUGCGAUCAAUAAUUAUCCGAUGAAUUGCAGCGGGCCUGAUCUGUCUUUUCCGAUGAUUUGCAGCGGUCCAGAUCUGGCAUCAUCGUCUUCUGCCGCCGUCGAUGAUGGAAUGGUUUGGGGAGGUCAGAAUCAGCCCUCUUGGGGGAGACAAGCAUUCAAUCAAUUUGGUUGA